UUUUACAGAUAUAGGGUUUAGUCUUCCAUUCUCGUCAUCUUCAUGAUCAGUCGGUCACCAUGUCCACCAAAUGCUUUCCAGUUCCUCUGGAUUCCAAAUCUCCCUCCCUAAGCACUGGGCUUUCUCUAUCCUUUCUGUAUGCAAACCCUAGUUACCUCUCCUUUCCUUCCAAAUUCCUUCAUCAUUCACUCCCGCUCCUCCCCAAAUCUCGCUAUUACACGCUAGCCUCAUCUCUACCCCAUCAAAACCCCGCACCAUUGCCCACCAACCAUCUUUCCCUCGCCCAGGAUUCAAUUUCCCAAUUUCUGCACGAUGAACUCAGUGUUUCCGCCGAGGAAUCUCAUUCCAUCGCCUCCGCUUCACCCAAAUACGCGCAGAUGAUCGUCGAUAGCGUGAGGGACUUGGAGGAAUGGAAUUCAUGGAGAGGAAGUGGAGAGGGAGGUUUUGACGGGUUGAAUGGGGAGUUAGGGUUUAAGGAGAAGGUGAUUUUUAUGGUCAGGGAGAAAGGCGAUGGUGGAAAGGUUGCCUUCUUGGAAAGCGUUGGCUUAAGUCUCUCUUCUGCAAUGGCUCUUGCUCGUUACCUCUCUUCUGAGUCGCUUCUCUCCCUCAUUGACAAGGUUAAGUAUAUGAAGGAAAUAUUCUUUUCUGGCAGUGAUGAUGAAGGGCUUGCUGGGAAAAAUGCUCGUCGAAUGAUGAUGUUCCUGUCAAUUCCUGUAGAUGAUGAUUGCAACAAACACUAUCGUUUUUUGAGAAGAUAGAUGCAAGACGCGGAGGCUUAGACAUGGUGGGUCGUGCAGAUGCGUCUUUCAGAUUCCUAGUCGAAUCACUUCCCCGUCUUCUCUUGUUAUCGGUAGAAUCCCACUUGAAACCAAUGGUGGAAUUUCUUGAAAGUAUAGGAGUGAGACAAGGAAGCUUGGGGAAGGUACUUCUGUUGUUUCCUCCCAUUAUAUUCUGCAACAUAGAGGAGAUUAAAAGAAAGAUAUCAGCUUUGGAGAAGGUUGGUGCUGUUGAUAAUGAUGUUGGUAAAAUGGUGCUUAAAUAUCCAUGGGUACUUUCAACAAGCAUUAUGAAUAAUUAUGAACAGAUCCUUUCUUUUUUCAAUGCUGAAAAGGUACCGAAAAUGGAUGUUGAUCGUGCAAUCAGAAGAUGGCCUCAUUUACUGGGUUGUUCAACAAGCAAAUUAAAGCUGAUGGUGGAUCAGUUUGGAGAAUUAGGUGUCGGGAACAAGAAGUUGGCUAAGGUUAUUAUAAAAAGUCCACACCUAUUACUACAAAGACCCCAAGAAUUUCUCAAGAUAGUUACCUUCCUGGAGGAUCUAGGAUUCAAUCAAGGAACUGUGGGGGAGAUACUUUGCCGGUGUCCUGAGAUAUUUGCUACUAGUAUUGAGAGAACUUUGAAGAGAAAGCUAGAGUUCCUUGCUGGUUUUGGUGUUUAUGGAGACCAUUUCCCUCGGGUCAUCAAAAAGUAUCCAGAGCUUCUUGUCUCUGAUGUAGAACGAACACUACUUCCUCGGGUAAACUACUUGAUGGAGAUAGGACUAUCACAGAGGGAUAUAGCAUUCAUGGUACGAAGGUUCUCUCCAUUGUUGGGAUACAGCAUCGAUGAGGUAUUAAAACCGAAGUUAGAAUUCUUAGUGAACACCAUGGAGAAACCAGUAACUGACAUUGUAGAUUAUCCAAGAUAUUUUAGCUAUUCAUUAGAGAAAAAAAUAAAGCCCAGAUUUUGGGUGCUAAAGGGCAGGAACAUAGCAUGUAGCUUAAAAGAUAUGUUAGGUAAAAAUGACGAGGAAUUUGCUGCCGAGUUUAUGGAUGAUGGGAGAACAAUAAUACCUUCAUCCUCUGCUCAUCAAGAAACUGUAAUGUAAUCUAUCUAUAUAUGCUUCGAAUAUAUUUUCUCCUAAA